CAGGAGCAGGGGAGUGAACGGGCGGAGCCUCAAAGCUCCCCCAUUCAUAUUAUGUAAAUGCACUUGAGCUUGCCAGCGUCUGAUUGGCUGGCUGGAUGUGUUGCCUGGCUGACGGGAGAGACAGAGCAUGCUGUGCAGCAAAUGCUCCUACGCGGUGGACAGAGGAAGAGGGCAGAGGCAUGCGAGAAACACGGAGAAUGCAGAAAAAGCAGACUCGGGUUUCGUUUUCAGAAGAAGAAGCGGCGCAGGUAUCCGAUUCCCCAGCGUACAUGUCAGCCGGGCGAAGAAGCUCUGUAGGAUAAGCCGACCGUGCCGGCUACCGUUACAGGCAGCUCAUUCAUAACCCAUGCCAAAUUAAUGACGAAGAUGAAUAGACGUGAAUAGAAGUGCCACUCUUCCUCUGCUGCUCAUGGCUUACUUUAUUCUCUCGCUGCAGCUAUAUACAGAGAUAUGGAAACCGCGGAAAGUCUGACUGCAUGCAAAUAAACACCGCAUCAUCGCUCCGUCUGUCGUUCGGACACCAGAGCUCAGAGGUUGAGGGAAAGGAAGGAUUGGAAUCUCACAGUGACUGACUGAGUGGAGUUUUUUGCUUGUAGGCUGCUUCUGGAGCUGUGAAGUCUUUCUGGAUCAGCUGAGUGGAGACAGUGUGUCUCUUGCAGAUAUUUAGGAACCAAUCAUCCACCAUACCUCACUGGCUAAACCCUAUAGAACUGUCACGUGAGUAAUAAUCAGCUGAGAAGAAUAUUGUUUAGACCUUUUUUUUUUGUUUAUUAUUCUUCUACUGGGAGUGGUUCUGGUGCAAAGGAUGGUAUUUGUGUUGGAAAUGAUUGCUGUCUUUUAAAUAAGAGGAGAAGGACUGUUCUAUUUCUAGCCUCCAAGCUGCCAUUUUCAUCACUAAAAGCCCAGCAGUAGUGAAGAGCCAGGGGUUUCCAUAGAAAUCAGUCCUUAUGGGAAUCCACAGAUAGGAAGCGAUAGCAGGGGAAGGCCAACGGCGCUAUGCUACACGUCCUCGCUUGGAGGGGCUCGGUGCCAGAGAUGGGUGUUUAUCCUGUGCUGAAUCGAUGACGAGUCGAGAGAGGGUCUUCAGUCGAAGGGCAAGAUCAUACAGCAGAUAUCAACAUUGGACAAGUGCUGAGCUUUGCAAUUUGGAGCUCCACAGAACAGUGUGUGUUUAUGCGAAGGUCUGCACUCCUCUGACCGGAAUAGACGAGAAGAAACUGUAAUGUAUUUUUAUGAAAACUUGCUCAGAAGCAUUAGGACCAUCAAAGCUACUUUAACAGUAUUCCAUUGCUGUGACUUAAUAAUGCAGGUGAAGUAGCUUGGCUGAAAUGCGCACUAACUGACGAGCCAGUCUUCGAGAACUGAACUUUCUCCCUUCAUUCAUGCCUGCUUCGGUCUGUCCGUGGAGCGCUUCUCUCUAAUACAACUGCACAGGGUGAACUGAAAGUGCCUGUCCUUGCCCAGAGUCCUUACCUCGGAUCUUGUGUUGACUACUCGCGGGACUUUUAAUAAGGUGCUAAAUCAGCAUAUCUGAAGCUGAUUUCUGGAGGACCGCACAAUGGACGACUCCAGUAUUCUAAGACGGCGAGGUCUCCAGAAGGAGCUGAGCCUUCCCCGAAGAGGCAGUUUUUGUCGGACGAGCAACAGGAAGAGCCUGAUCGUGACCUCCAGCACCUCUCCCACUCUGCCCAGACCUCACUCUCCACUGCACGGACAUCCCGGGAGCAGCCCAUUGGACAGCCCACGCAAUUUCUCCCCCAACACUGCAGCCCACUUCUCCUUCGUGCCCGCCCGCAGUCACGGGCACAGGGCUGACAGGACGGAUGGCCGGCGCUGGUCUCUUGCCUCACUGCCCUCUUCGGGGUACGGGACCAACACUCCCAGCUCAACGGUCUCGUCAUCAUGUUCAUCCCAGGAGAAGCUGCACCAGCUGCCCUUCCAGCCCACCGCAGACGAGCUGCACUUUCUCACCAAGCACUUCAGCUCCGAGAGCAUCACUGACGAAGAGGGCAGGAGAUCGCCAGCCAUGCGGCCGCGCUCCCGCAGCCUCAGCCCUGGGCGCUCUCCCAUAUCCUUCGACCAUGAGAUUGUCAUGAUGAACCAUGUUUACAAAGAGCGUUUCCCAAAGGCCACGGCUCAGAUGGAGGAGCGUCUGGCCGAGUUCCUGUCCUCCUCGGCGCCAGAGAAGGUCAUGCAUCUGGCCGACGGUGUCUUGAGCUUCAUCCACCACCAGGUGAUCGAGCUGUCCCGAGACUGCCUGGAGAAAUCACGAGAGGGCUUAAUCACCUCCCGCUACUUCUAUGAGCUGCAGGAGAACCUGGAGAAACUGCUGCAGGAUGCUCAUGAGCGUUCGGAGAGUGUGGAGGUGACCUUCGUCACCCAGCUCAUUAAGAGGCUGAUGAUCGUCAUCGCUCGGCCCGCCCGGCUGCUGGAGUGUCUGGAGUUUGAUCCUGAGGAGUUCUAUCACCUGCUGGAAGCUGCAGAAGGCCAUGCAAAAGAAGGCCAGGGAAUCAAAACAGACAUCCCUCGUUACAUCAUCAGUCAGCUGGGCCUUACUAGAGACCCCUUGGAGGAAAUGGCCCAGCUGACCAGUUACGACAGUGGAAACUCAGAAACACCGGAGACUGAAUGCUGCCUCGACUCCUCUGAGAGUCGAGGUGCUACUGUACAGCCAGCUCAGCCACAGCCUAAGACCAAAACACCAAGAGAAGAGGACUUUGAAACCAUCAAACUCAUCAGUAACGGAGCUUACGGGGCUGUGUUUUUGGUGAGACAUAAGGAGACACGUCAGCGUUUCGCCAUGAAAAAGAUCAACAAGCAGAACUUGAUUCUGAGGAACCAGAUCCAGCAGGCGUUUGUGGAGAGGGACAUCCUCACCUUUGCAGAGAACCCGUUCGUCGUCAGCUUUUUCUGCUCCUUCGAAACACGCAGACACCUCUGCAUGGUCAUGGAGUAUGUGGAGGGUGGGGACUGUGCCACUCUACUAAAACACAUCGGUGCGCUGCCUGUGGAUAUGGCACGCAUGUACUUUGCUGAAACCGUACUGGCACUGGAAUACCUGCACAACUAUGGAAUUGUACACCGUGACCUCAAACCUGACAAUCUUCUAAUCACUUCAAUGGGCCACAUCAAACUGACAGAUUUUGGCCUGUCAAAGAUUGGCCUUAUGAGUCUCACCACUAACUUGUAUGAGGGCCACAUUGAGAAAGACGCCCGUGAGUUCUUAGAUAAGCAGGUGUGUGGUACACCUGAAUAUAUCGCCCCGGAGGUGAUACUCAGACAGGGUUAUGGGAAACCAGUGGACUGGUGGGCCAUGGGAGUCAUCCUGUAUGAGUUUUUGGUGGGCUGUGCACCUUUCUUCGGAGACACCCCCGAAGAACUGUUUGGACAAGUCAUCAGCGAUGAGAUAGUGUGGCCUGAGGGGGACGAAGCUCUUCCUCCAGACGCUGAAGACCUCAUCUCUAAACUUCUCCGACAAAACCCACUGGAGCGAUUGGGAACAGGAAGUGCGUUUGAGGUGAAGCAGCACAGGUUCUUCAUUGAUCUGGACUGGAACAGUCUCCUGAGGCAGAAAGCUGAGUUUAUCCCUCAGCUCGAGUCUGAGGAGGAUACCAGCUACUUUGACACUCGCUCUGACAGGUAUCACCACGUGGACUCUGAGGAAGAGGAGGAUACCAAUGACGAUGAGCGCUUGGAGAUCCGCCAGUUCUCUUCCUGCUCCCCACGAUUUAACAAGGUUUACAGCAGUAUGGAGCGUCUGUCCCUACACGAGGAGAAGCGCACUCCUCCCCCCACCAAGCGCAGUCUCAGCGAGGAGGGCACCGAGAGACUCGACAGUCUCAGCAGCCUCAAGUCUCGGGACCGCAGCUGGAUGGUGGGAUCGCCUGAAAUCCUGCGUAAGCGCCUGUCAGUGUCCGAGUCUUCACACACUGAGAGCGACUCCAGCCCCCCUCUAACAGUACGCCGCCGCUGCUGCUCUGCGAUCAUUGAAAUGCCUCGGUUCGCUAUCUCCACCGAGGAGGAGAGCACCAGGAAGACUCCAAUCAGGGCUCAGCGCAGUGAAGAGCUCCCUUCUGCUAUCCCAGAACUCCCAGUGGAGAGGGAGCUCCGACUGGAUGAUUCUCCCAUCACACCAGGCUCCACUUCCAGCCAAGCCACCCGCGGCACGCUCACACCUGGCAGCGGUAGCGAUUCUGUGGAUAGAGGACCUCCUCGCUGCGGCAGUACUGAGGGAGCAGAUAAUUCCACUCCCAAAGCCAUCAGCGACCUGGCAGUCCGUCGAGCUCGCCAUAGACUGCUGUCAGGAGACACUGAGAAACACACGUCACGGCCACUCAACAAGGUCAUCAAAUCAGCCUCGGCCACUGCGCUGUCGCUCAUGAUUCCUACAGAGCACCAUGGAGCCUCUCCCCUGGCCAGCCCCAUGUCUCCUCAUUCCCUGUCCUCCAAUCCAUCGUCUCGGGACUCGUCUCCCAGCAGGGACCUAUCACCGGCUGUUUGCAGCGUGAAACCUGCCAUCGUUAUCCACCGAGCAGGCAAGAAGUAUGGCUUCACGCUGCGUGCCAUCCGUGUCUACAUGGGAGACACUGAUAUCUACACCGUACACCAUAUGGUCUGGCAUGUGGAGGAGGGAGGACCAGCUCAUGAAGCAGGUCUGAGAGAGGGAGACCUCAUCACACACGUUAAUGGAGAAACGGUCCACGGGCUUGUUCACACCGAGGUCGUGGAGCUCAUUCUCAAGAGUGGAAAUAAGGUGUCUAUAUCAGCCACUCCCUUUGAGAACACAUCCAUUAAGGUUGGGCCGGCUCGUAAAAGCAGCUGCAAGUCUAAAAUGGCUCGGCGCAACAAAAAGACCAAAACAAGAGAGGGACAGGACAGUAAGAAGAGGAACUCCCUAUUUCGGAAGAUCACUAAGCAAGCGUCUCUCCUGCACACCAGUCGUAGCUUGUCAUCUCUGAAUCGUUCUGUGUCAUCGGGUGAGAGUGUGCCUGGAUCUCCCACACACAUGUCCCCUCGCUCCCCAACGCAGGGAUACCGCUCCACACCGGAUUCGGCCCACUCGGUUGGGGGAAAUUCAUCUCAGAGCAGCUCUCCCAGCUCCAGCGUGCCAAACUCUCCUGCCAGCUCUGGUCAGAUCCGACCCAGUUCCCUGCAUGGCCUGGCCCCAAAGCUGCAGCGCCAGUACCGCUCCCCUCGGCGCAAGUCUGCUGGUAACAUUCCCCUGUCGCCACUGGCCCGUACUCCCUCACCAACGCCCCAGAGCACCUCCCCUCAGCGCUCCCCUUCUCCACUGCCCAGCCAUGCACUCCUGAGCUCCUCCAUCGGUCAGUCCUUUCCUGUAAAACUGCACUCUUCUCCUCCGCUGGUGCGCCAGAUCGCGCGUCCGAAGAGUGCUGACCCGCCUCGCUCCCCUCUACUGAAACGUGUGCAGUCAGCGGAGAAACUGGCAGCCUCACUCUCAUCCUCCUCCUCGUCUCCCUCUCCUUCGUCCGCUGCCGAUAAGAAGCUGCCGGUGGGCGCUGGCCGCAAGCACAGUCUGGAAAUCACACACACCGAAUUUAAGAAGGAGAUGCUCCAGAGGGAGCCAAGUUUGCAGAGCUUGCAGGAGUGCGCUAGUGAGACUCUUCUGGGAGGGAGGGUGUCUCCAGCCGAAAAGGCCACCCUGCAGAAGCCUUUAGCCCGUAAGCUAGGUCGGCAGGAAGGCCCCGACUCUGCCACUGGAUCGUUAGGGCUGGCUCCUGGUAAGAGCAAGCUGAAGGACAAGCUGUCAGCUAUCCGGCAGGAUCGUGCUGAACGCAGAGAGUCUCUGCAGAAGCAGGAUGCCAUCCAUGAAGUGGAUUCCUCUGAGGAUGAGACAGAUGAGGGUUCAGAGGACAGCCAGGAUGGACGCAGGACAAGCUUUGUCCCUCCUAGUCAUGUGCUUCGGCCCACGAGUGUGAUAGGAUCCGCACAUAUCAGGACAGGGCCUGCUGCUUUAACUACUCUGCCUCUGACCCCAUGCACAGUGGCUCAGCCAGGCUCUCCUCAGCUCAGCCAAGGUCUGCAGGCCCAAAACCAGACGCAAGCCCAACCUUCAUCAUUGGCAGCUAACAAAUCUGAGCAAGAACCCACCCAGACCCUGAUAUCUACUCCCUCUGCUGCCUCUACCUCAGCCCUACCAGAAAAUUCCAGCGAGAGACGGGGAAAGAUUCAGGACUCUGUGUCCAGCAGUAAAACACCUGGUCCUCAACCCAGCUCUCUGACCAGCACUUUUUCUACACCUGGUAGCGCGUUUACGACUGUCAGCAAGGACCCUUUUGUCAAACCCUUAGCACCCACUGCAGACCGGAGGACUGCCAAAGUGAUCAGCAAGCAAGAGCCCAGCACAGUGCCUGUCAUAACCCGAGAACCCCAAACCCCUACUCCACCAACUGGAGGCAUCACUAAGGAGAUGAAGGAUGCAGACAACCGGAGACAAGCAGCUGCCGCUGCUGCAGCAACCUCCUCCAUCUCCAUAGCAGCUGAGAGUGGAGUGGAUAAAGUGGUUUCCCAGCUGGCCACAGUGGCCAAGAGCAUGCUAGGGCCGGUCAAGCUCAACAUCCCAGGGACCAAAGAUGCCACUGAGCGGAGCAAGGAGACCAGACCUCAGGCAGACAUGGUGCACCCAAAAAGCAAAGAUCCACAUUUGAACAGUUCUCGUUCUCCUGAAAAGACAUUUCCAACAGUUGCUUCUGUCUCCAAAACAGGGCGACAGUCUGAAUCCCCCACUCGACAGUCCCCUGCAGUAUCCGAGUUACCUUCGACUUCACAUAGGUUCCAGGAAACCGCAGGAGCUUCAAAGAGGCCUUCCAUCCCAAAAGACAGCUCAUCAGGACCAGGAGAGUCCCAGGAGAGGCCAGGAACUCCACGGAGCAGUGCCUCCCAGAGGCCCAGCCCUGAAGCACAUUCCCAGAGCCAGGCCAAAGCCAGUUCCUCCGCACAGCAAGACAAAUCCAGCAAGAAGACAUAGCAGUCUUGCGCAGAAAAAAAGACAACUCGCCUAGCAUGCAUGUUAAAAAAAUACAAAAAUAUACUUCACACUAACCUUGAGAGGAAAGAAGUAAAAGAAGCAAAUUCGAGCAAAGGAGCUUAGCAGCUUCAUUGUGGAUUGUUCUUUAUUUGAGGACUUUUGGAUUGCUUUUAUUUUCCUCUUUACCACUAUUCUCAGCAUUGUUUUAUUGAGUUCAGAAAAAAAGAAAAUAUGGGGCUAGAAAUAAACCAUUUGAAGACAAACAUUGUAACAUUCAGUGCGUGUUCACUGGGAAAUUAGGUUCUCACUUUAUUUGCUGUUUUAGGUCUAGUGGUGCCUUAAUAUAAAUUAAAAAGUCCUCACUUGUAAGUCUGUUUGCCAUUCAUUGAUGGAGGCAAGAUGUAUCUCAGCAAUAAAAUCAACAUAUGCUUAGCAAUUUCUAUUAAUGUAGUAGAAUCCUGCAUUCAGUUGGCUGAAAACCACCACUACAUUUUCCAUCAGUGACCAUUACAGUACAUUUCCAACAGUUUGAGUACUGUACAAAUUGCGUGCAUGGAAUAUUACACAUUUCUCACUAGUGCUAAAAAUUAAUUACGCAAAAGAGCCUAUAAUAUUAUUUAAAACAAGUUUCCCAGUUAAGAACAAAAGGUUAAAUUAGAUGUGUGAUUAAAAAAUAUAUAUAUAUAUUUAAUUUGUUGGCAGGAUUUCAUGUUUCUUCAAGUUGUUUAGCUGUACAAACUUAUUCCACCUGCCAGGAUACAUGUUAUUAUGGUAAAACAUCAGGCCACAUGUACAUGCUUGGUGUAUAGAUGAUUGUAUAUGAUGUACUGAUAUUAAUGACGUCGUCUGAUCUCAAUACUGAUGUCUGAAAAAAGUGCGCCUAAUUGGAAAUGUUUUGUUUUUAUUUCUAGCCCCUGCUCUCUUUUUUUUAUUUUAUUAUAAUUAAUAACAACUGAAAUGGUUUUUAUUUUUAGGAUCUGGACCAACUUGCUGUGUUCUUUCUGUAUAUUUGCCAUUAAUCUUUUAAAGUCAGAAAACUUGUACAGGCUUGUUAAUGAGUGAGUGAGCGUGUGUGUGUGCGUGCGUGUGUGUGUGUGCGCGCGCUUAUAUAAACGGAUAUUUAAAGUUCUGUGUCAGUUUUAUAUCUGAGUGUAUUGGGAGUGUAUCUUAGAUUAGAUUCUGUCUUUGCCAUUUCAGCAGUGUCUGAUUUAGACAUUUAUUACUAGCAGGCAAGGAUGUAUUUGCACAAUCCAUUUUUACUUUGUGUCAUAUGAAUACUAAUAAAAUACAGUCCAAUCAGAUCCCAGGGCUUGUUGGGGUCUUGAGGGGUUUGACCAAUCAUUUAA